CCCAGCGGCGAGCGCGGGUUGAGGAGGCGGGGGGCGUGGCCAACUGCCCGCCGCUGAUUGGCCGGAUGGCGGCGCGGGGCGGUGCCCACUGGCGGAGGGCCCGGCGUGGCUCCGCCCCCUGUCAGCGAGCGCGCGGCGGCGGCGCCAAGACCCGCUGCUGGCGGCCCCGGACGGCGGAGCCGAGCGCAGGCGAAGGGCCGGGCCCGGCGGCGUUGCCCAUGCCGAGGAGGAGCUGACAGCGGCGGGGACAUGGAUCUGCGGGCGGGACUGGCGCUGUGGCUGCUCUGCGGGCUCCUGCUGCAGCCCGCCCGGGCCGAGCGGCCGCCCGGGCCCCACCUGGACGAGACCCCCAUCGCAGCAGAGUUCUGCCGCAUCGACAAGCCCCUGUGCCACGACGAGGACGAGCAGCUCAGCUUCGAGGCCGUCCGCAACAUCCACAAGCAGAUGGACGACGAUGCCAACGGCAACGUGGACGUGGAGGAGAGCGACGAGUUCUUGAGGGAGGACCUGAAUUACCACGACCCGACGGUGAAGCACAGCACCUUCCAUGGCGAGGACAAGCUCAUCAGCGUGGAGGAUCUCUGGAAGGCCUGGAAGACAUCGGAAGUGUACAACUGGACGGUUGACGAGGUGGUGCAGUGGCUCAUCACCUACGUGGAGCUGCCGCAGUACGAGGAGACGUUCAGGAAGCUGCAGCUGAGCGGCCACGCCAUGCCCAGGCUGGCGGUGAACAACGCCACCAUGAUGGGCAGCGUUCUGAAGAUGACGGACCGAAGCCACCGGCAGAAGCUGCAGCUGAAGGCUCUGGACACGGUGCUGUUCGGGCCUCCCCUCCUGACGCGGCACAACCACCUGAAGGACUUCAUGCUGGUGGUGUCCAUCGUCAUCGGCGUGGGCGGCUGCUGGUUCGCCUACAUCCAGAACCGCUACUCCAAGGAGCACAUGAAGAAGAUGAUGAAGGACCUGGAGGGGCUGCACCGCGCGGAGCAGUCGCUGCACGACCUUCAGGAGAGGCUGCAGAAGGCGCAGGAGGAGCAUCGCUCGGUGGAGGUGGAGAAGGUGCACCUGGAGAAGAAGCUGCAGGACGAGAUCAGCAUGGCCAAGCAGGAGGCGCACCGGCUGCGGGAGCUGCGCGAGGGCACCGAGAACGAGCUGAGCCGCCAGAAAUACGCCGAGCAGGAGCUGGAGCAGGUGCGGAUGGCGCUGAAGAACGCGGAGAAGGAGCUGGAGUCCCACUGCAGCUGGGCUGCGCCCGAGGCCCUGCAGAAGUGGCUGCAGCUGACGCACGAGGUGGAGGUCCAGUACUACAACAUCAAGAAGCAGAACGCGGAGAAGCAGCUGCUGGUGGCCAAGGAAGGGGCUGAGAAAAUCAAGAAGAAGCGAAACACCCUGUUUGGGACGUUUCACGUUGCGCACAGCUCCUCUCUAGAUGACGUUGACCAUAAAAUCUUAACUGCCAAGCAGGCGCUGAGCGAGGUGACGGCGGCGCUGCGGGAGCGCCUGCACCGCUGGCAGCAGAUCGAGCUGCUCUGCGGCUUCCAGAUCGUCAACAACCCCGGGAUCCACAGCCUGGCCUCGGCGCUCAACAUCGACCCCGGCUGGAUGGGCACCCCGCGCCCCAACCCCUCGCACUUCAUCAUGACCGACGACGUGGACGACCUGGACGAGGAGAUCGUGUCCCCCAUGUCCAUGCAAUACGCCGCCUGGCUUUUCGGGCGCAGGUUCAGUGACCGCUCGUCCCUGUCCUCGGAGGACCAGUCCCUCUGGAAAUACCCCGCUCCCGCCUUGCCCAGCAGCGUUCGCCAGCGCCUGGUGGACCCGCAGCACGGCCACGGAUCGCAGAGGUUGGUAGAGAGUUACGUGCAAGGCCAGAAUGAGUCGGGCCAGGCCGCCCAGCACCGGGCGGGCAGAGUCUCCCUGCGGCGGAUGCACAGCCUCUCCGGACAGUCGUUCAGUUCCGAGCUGCCCGGCGCCAGCCCGUCAUCCACCGCCGCCUCCUCCACCUCUUGCUCCUCAUCCACCGCGUCUGCUCCUGCUUGCCAUGUCCACCCUGUCUAUUACCAUCACACCACCUCCUCUUAUCUCCUCCAGACGGACUCCGUCCCCGACCUGCCCCCUCCUGAUGUCACCUCUGGAGUUCGCUGUCGCACUGAGAGCUCGGGAGACUUAACGCGCUGCGACUCCGACUCGUCCAUCCCGCCCCCGAGCGAGCACCAGCGUGUCCCCAGCUCUGCGCCCAAGCUGCUGGCGGCCCGGCCCACGCUGCUGACCCGCUCCAUGGAGGAGGCUGCCCCCGGCCACCCGGCCAGCGCGCCCACCCCCAAUGGCGCCAGCCGCCCGGGGGACCCCCCCGCGCCGGGGGCUUUGCCGGAGCGGCCGCCCGAGAGCCCCAUGGUGAUGAAGAAGAUGAUGAUGGUGAACCACGGCAUGGAGAAGUCCUCCAGCCUGGGGGAGAUCAGCCACCCGGCGGGCGGCAAGCACAGCCACUCGGAUUCGUCCCGCUCGCACAGCCCCAGCUCCACCGACCCCGACACCCCCUCCCCGAUCUCUGACGGCCGGCCCGGCGGCGCCAAGAGCACCCGCAUCCCGCAGCUGGCGGCCAAGAAGAGCCCGGGGGACGAGGACAGCAGCCUGACGGGCGACGAGGUCGACCUCGGCCAGAGCAAGAAAAAGUUCCCCCUAAAGAUCUUCAAGAAGCCCAAGAAGUAGCGAGAGGAGUGGGGAGAGGAGAACCCGCCGGAGCGCGGCCGGCAGGGGGGACCCCGCGCGGACCCCGCGGCGCUGCCGGCGCCCCCGCGCCCCGAGCCGCCUCACCCACCGCCGGCAGCGGGAGCAGCUAUUUAAACUUAUUUAUUUCCUGAUUUCUGAGAAACAAAAUAAAGAAGACGAGCGCUCCCCCCGAGGCCGGCCCUUCCUCCCGCCCGCCGCCGCGGCCCCGGCUUCGCUGCGCAUGGCUUCAGUUACUCCUGCCUCCGCUCGGCCUCACCGCAUCUGGGUUUGGUUUCAACGUGGUUUUAUUUUCUUAUUUUAUUUUUUAUUAUUUUUAUUAUAUUUUCUUCUUCCUUC